AUGGAAGCAGUAAACAUUACACUAAAAAUAGAAAAAGAAUUAUCAAAAGCAGAAAACCUUACAUUAUAUGUAGAUAAAGUACUAGAAAAAGUUAGGCCCGAAAAAUUUGUUGCUGUAGUUUCUGAUGCAGAAUCGGCAAUGAUGGCGGCAAAACGACAAGUUGCAGCAAAAUUUUCUCACAUUUUACCUAUCAGAUGCAUUGUGCAUUAUAUACAAUUAAUUGCUAAUAGUAUCUGUCGUUUACCUCAUACAUGUAAGGUUCUUUCUAAUUGUCAAUUCAUAAUAAGUUUUUUUAGAAACUCUUAUACAGCUGGCACUGCUCUUAGAGAAAAGAUUGUAUCAUCUUUUACUGUCAGUGGAAACUUAAAAUCAACCGCUAAAACUCAGUGGUCAACGGCAUGGGAUUCUUGUGAAUCUGUUUUACACAAUGAAGCAAACAUUAGAUCAAUUUUAGAAAAUGAGGCUCAAGUCUUUGAUCGCUCAAUUGCAGUAAAAAAUUUAAUUACUAAUCGUCAAUUUUGGAUUGAUGCAGAGCAAUUGUGGAAUAUCCUUGGCCCGGUAAAAUGGGCCGUAAAAGAUGUGGAGUUUUGA